UAAAUACCCUUGUUCUGACAUGAAAUGAAAACAAAAGGGUAUUGUGUUGGUAUCUUCACUAUCCCUGCUUCUUCACAUUACUAAUGCAUUAUUUUUGUUUGCAGUAGCAGUUACAGGUAUCAAUUACAAAGAAUGUGUGACGAAGAAGAGAGAGAGUUGGGAAGACAGGAAGCGCCUGGGACUUGUCCGCACUGCGGUGGCAAAGUCCAAGCGGUGGACGUCGAAAGGCGUUGGAGGUGCUGCUGUUUCUUUCCCAUUUGCUUCUCCAUUAAGCGAAAAUAUUGCUGCACCUUAUGUUCUAGGCGUUUGGUCUUGUAUUUCUAGUUUUUUUUUUUUUUUUAAUUAAUUGGAAGGUUAAUUCUAAUUCAGGUUAA